AUGCUUUCCGGCAAGCUUCCAUAUAAGAAGGGCAGAGCACUGAGGCCAAGCCGUGUCUGGAUCUACCGCAUCCAGCCACCGUUCGAGCCUUUCACCUUUCUCGUGCCCCUCGUCCGGAUACAGGACCCUGUGCCAAUGGUCGCCCUCAUCGAAAAGCACGCUCUCGAGCCGAAGCCGUUCAUGUCGUUUUCGCCCAAGGCAGUGGCUGCACAAGAAGCAAUCAAGGUGCAGGGCCGGCGAUACGCGAAACUCAGAGACGAGGCGGGCAACGUGGACGUCCUCCGAGACAUCUUGAAGAGCAUGAUUGCCGAAUCCGAGAAGCUCAUUCAUACUCUGGCCCAGCAGCAAAGCACUGCCUCGGCCGAGCCCUUUGACGUCCACGAACGCCGCAUCGAGACUCUGCAGGCCAGCAUCGCCCAGUACAGACUGCAGUCGUUACACCUCGAACUCGAUGAUGGGGCACAAGGCAAAGAAGGCUGGGACGAGCAGGAGAGAAGCUCGUGGCUGAAGCUUUGCGACUGA